AGUUGAUUAAAAUGUUUUCAGUUUUUAAACAACUGUCGAGAAAGUAACAGCAAACCGAGAAAAAUAGAAAAAAUAUUAUUGAAGAAAAUAAAUUUUGAAAAAAAUUUUUAUUAAAAAUGGGAACUAUGCAACAUGUUUUUAAAAUAAUAUUAGUGAUACAGCUUCUAACCUGUGCCUUAGCCUUCUAUGGCCAUCCGGAUGCUGAAACCAUUGAUUUCGGUUCGCCCACCCAACCCUCAAGGGAUCAAAUGAUUAUUGAGGCUGCCAUAAAACGUGGCAUGGAUGGUGAAGCCGUUGCCGAAUUAUUACGCACCAAACAACCCGUCACCAGAACAACAACGACACCUAAUGGUCUCACCAAAACGACUACUUAUAAGCUAGAACCUGAUGGCAGUAUAUCUAGUAAAUCGCUUAUAACUCAAAGAAAAAGUUAUGUAUACAAUUCGGAAAAUGUACCGGACACAAUACCUAUAGAUGAAUUGAAAAAUUCACCCACCGGUACCAUAACACGUACCUUUACCGAUAGCGAUGGCAGUAAAGUGACACAAACUAUUGGUUUGAGUAAACCAAAGGCAUCAACUGUUUUGGAUACGGAUGAUUUAACGGGGGAUUGGUUUAGUAAACCUUUUCCUUCAUGGCCUGAAGAGACACCAGCAGCACCUAAACCACCAACGAGAACCUCACACAGAACUAUUACACGCACCUUUACGGGACCUAAUGGUGAGAGGAGGACGGUAACAUCAUGGUCUUCGGAUCCUGAGAUAACACAACCUGAAACACAUUUCGCACCUGUGCAACACACUCCCUCUAACUUUAAUACCCGCACCAGUACUAGAACUUAUUAUACACCUAAUGGUGAAAAACGUGUAGUACACACCACCUCCAAUAACCCACAGCCCACGGAUUUUAAUCACAAACCCAAAUAUCCCUCUAUAGGUGAUAUUAAUUGGCCCACUAUAGAUGACUCUGCUUUUGCUCAUCCCUGGGAUACGGCAGAUCCCGAUGAUACUGAAGACGAUUGGGUGGUGGUAGAAGAUCCUGAAGUAGAGACUACUACCAAGAAACAAUUUGAGUCGUGGACACCAAAAACUUGGGACUGGCCACAAUUUCCCACACAUCCCACCACAACCGCUAGUACUACCACCUCAACAACUACCACAACUGUUAAACCGAAAGUUCAUAAGCCUUUGCCAAGUUUAGAUGAUUUUCUUAAAUCCCAAUAUGGACCACCCUCAAAUAGAGCUCCAACCUCAACUACAACCACGGCUAAGGUACCAACGACACCAUCGUUGACCACUACCCAACAACCCAAGGUUAUCAAUAUCGAUGAUUUACCAGUAGUGGAAGUUUUUCACAAUGGUAAACCUGCCAAUGAAUCGGUAUUAAAAAAUCUACCACCUCACCUCACGCCCCGUCCUUUAACAGCUCCCGUUUUAAAAAUUGAAAAUAAACAUCCCAUAGAGGAAGAUAUUGAGGUCUAUACUCCCAAGGUGGAGACCAAUAUACGCACCUUCUCGAAAACCCAUAUAGGACCCGAAAAACCUACCAUUCAAGAUUUAGAUCCACAAAUGCAAGAAGUUCUAAGAAGAGCCGGUAUAAGUCCCGAUGACAUAACAAAUAUCGAUGGUGAUACCAUAACUAAGACACGCACUGAACCCGAUGGUCGUAUUAUAACCACCACCUAUAAGGUGAAUACAGUACCCACACCAACAGCUCCUCAAGAACCACAACCACAACAACCCCCCCCAAAGCAUCAAUAUAAACCACAAACAUCACAGGUGGCUAAACACAUAUAUAAUUCAUAUAAUUCACGACCAAUAACCUCCUUCAGCCCCCUGGCUCCAUUACAUCCACAACUAAGUCCCAUUUCGGAAUUUUUAGCUCUUUUGGGUUUAACCAAGUUCGAUAUCACCUCGAGAAAUGGUCAUUAUACGAAAACAUUUAUCGAUGACAACGGUGAGGUCUUGACAGCUACAUUUGUUUUAAGUUCUCCCAAGAGUGUAGGGAGAGAAGAGCCGCCGACACCCAAACCUUAUAAGUGAGAACGUUAAGGUUAACCGAGAGAGAGAGAGAGAGAGCGAAUGCUAUAAAUAUUGUAUAUAAUUAACUCCCUUUAAGUAUGCUGUAGAAUUUAAGAGACAUUUUGAAAAUGAUUGAUAUUUGAAUAAAAAAUUUUAUAAAAUUUAAAA